AAUUUUAUUUUUUUUUCAUCUGGUGGGCGUAGCUGAGUUCUUCGCAAAAGGAUACACGACAAGCCGAUGAUCGAUUCCACCGGGAAAACUCCGACAACCGUCAACAAGCACUUCAUCGGAGGAGACGGUGGUGGUCCGACGGAGGCUCUGGAGAUGAUGCAGGAACCGAGCGUAGACACCGACAAGCUCAGCUACGAGAUUUUCUCGAUCCUCGAGAGCAAGUUCCUGUUCGGGUACGACGACACAAAGCUCAUCGACCCGAAAACCGAUCCAGAACCCACGACUCCGGCGGCGGCGGCGGCGAAUGGUGGCGGAGGAGUUCCGGGCUCGAUCAAGAACCAGAGACGGAAAGUCUGUAUUUUGAGCAUCGAUGGAGGAGGGAUGAGAGGGAUUUUGCCGGGCAAGGCCUUGGCGUAUCUAGAACACGCCCUGAAAUCGAAAUCCGGCAACCCAAAUGCUCGGAUCGCCGAUUACUUCGACGUAGCCGCCGGCUCCGGAAUCGGAGGUAUCUUCACGGCGAUGCUCUUCGCCUCGAGCGACGGCAACCUUCCGAUCUUCCGGGCGGAGGACACGUGGCGGUUCCUGGCUCAGAACGGCAGAAACUUCUACAAACCGAAACGGUCCUCCGGGCUCCUGAGGCGGGUCGUAAGAACCGGGUCCGGGUCUGGGUCGGGCACGGCGAAGUUGGAGAAGGCGAUGAAGGAGGCAUUUUCGGACCUAACACUGAAAGACACACUCAAACCUGUCUUAAUCCCAUGUUACGACCUCUCGAGCUCUGCGCCAUUCUUGUUCUCACGAGCAGACGCCCUCGAUUCGGACAGCUUCGACUUCAGGUUGUGGGAAGUUUGUCGGGCCACGUGGGCUGAGCCAGGGGCGUUCGAGGCCGUGGACAUGGCGUCCGUGGACGGCUCGACGAGGUGUGUGGCAGUGGACGGAGGCUUAGCAAUGAGUAACCCGACCGCGGCAGCGAUCACGCACGUGCUCCACAACAAGCAGGAGUUCCCGUUCGUGAGGGGCGUGGAGGAUUUGCUCGUCCUGUCUCUCGGGACAGGUCAGCCUUUGGAUGUGAGCUACGAUUUCGAGCGUGUGAGGAAGUGGAGGGCGAAGCAUUGGGCUCGCUCUGUGGCUCGUAUCUCGGCAGAUGGCUCGGCCGAGACCGUGGACCAGGCCGUGGCCAUGGCGUUUGGACAGCGUAGGAGUAGUAACUAUGUCCGGAUUCAGGCGAAUGGGACGAGCUUUGGACCGUGCAGACCAGACGUAGACACGGACCCGAGCCCGAGCAACGUGAACAUGCUGGUGGGAGUAGCGGAGGAGAUGCUGAAGCAAAAGAACGUGGAAUCGGUACUCUUUGGUGGCAAAAGAGUCGAAAAAGAGAGGAACUUCGAGAAACUGGACUGGUUAGCCGGGGAACUCGUCCUCGAGCACCAGAGGAGAAGUUGCAGAAGGGCUCCGACCGUCGAGUCCAAGCCAUCGACCCACCAAACCAAACAGAAGGUCGACAUUGUGGGCGGAACCGCAAGGGAACGAUGAUUAACCAAAAGGGGUUUAAUGAAUAUAUAAGAUUUGGAAAGAAUGUAUAGUUUUUUUUAUUCAGACAUCGUCGUAGAAAGGGUUUCAUAGAAGAAGGAAGAUUCAUCAUUAGUGUUUUGUUGAUUUCUUGUUUCUGUUUUUUUUUUUUAAAUUAUCUCUGCUUAAUUUGCGUCAUUUGAUGCAAAACAACGUGAUUCAUAUAAUCUAUAUUGUCAUUUUCAAGCA